AUGCCCGAGCUGUUCAGUUCAAUGCCUUCCAGUCCACAGAUCCAUGUGCAAUAUCUCGCCCCAGGACAUAAGCUCAUCACCCCAGAACAAUUUCACGCUUCAAAACCAGAAAGCAUUACGGGCAUGCUCGCGAAGAUGUCACCAACGAUGGCAGUAAAAUGGGGGCACCAUGCUUCUCUCAUCGAAGCUAAGAACAUGCUGUAUGUGGCUGAAAAGACAUCAAUUCCCGUCCCAAAACUAUAUGCAGCAUAUGCAUACGGACCCAUAGACCGAGACCUUGAUGAUCAUGCGACGGUCUACGAUGUAUAUAUCUUUAUGGAGUUUAUCGAAGGCGAAGACUUGGGGAAGUCAUGGGAUAAACACAACUCCACCGAGAAACAAGCAAUCUCGGCGGACUUCAAAAAGCACAUGGACGAGCUGCGCUCUCUUCCGCCAGCUAAUUACAUCGGAUCUGUGGACGAAGGACCAGUCACUGAUAAUAUCUUAGAAUGGUCAACAUCUUCUCGAGGUCCGUUCAGAAGCAUAGAAGACUUCAAUGCUACAAUAAUAGACGCCUUUGUCACGAAGUCCAAAACCCAGAUUGGCCCUUACGCCUGCGGCAUGCUCAAUGCACAUAAGCAUGGUAUUGUCUUCACUCAUGGGGAUCUCAGACCGGACAAUAUCAUAGUCAAGGAUGGUCGUGUGGCUGCAAUCAUCGACUGGGAGUUGUCAGGGUGGUACCCGGAAUAUUGGGAGUUCGCCAAGGCAUUCUAUAUCGAGUGGUUUGUCAACGACUGGGGAUCGCAUUUACUAGGCGUUCUUGAACCUUAUUACUGUGAGCAAUUGAUGCAUGCCAGAUUGAUGGAGGUUUUGUGGUAG